ACAUACCAGAAACCCCUUCCCCCCAUCUCCACACGCACUCCAUCCCAAAACCCCUCCUCCUUCCCAUCACCUUCCUCACCUCGCCGGCGAGUCAGUUCCCGGCGACUCACUUUUCCAAAUUCUGUUUGUUUUCCCCUCUUUUGAUCUUAUAAAUUGAGUUUGAUUUUUGAAGUUGUAGAGCAAUGGGGUCGGAGCUGAUAUACAGAGGCCACGAGACCCAUACUGCUUCGGAUUCAUAUUCGCCCAAACCUGUUAAACCAUGGGCCUCCGUUAUCCGGCCGAUUCGUUACAUGCUUAGAGAACAACGGCUUCUCUUCGUGCUCGUCGGCAUUGCGAGCACUCUGAUUUUCACCAUCUUCCCAACCUCACGUGCCCCGCACGUUCCCCACCACCACUUUACCACCUCGAUCUCCGAUUCCAUCACUUACUUCCCCAUCGAGACCCAGAACAAGUUCUCCUACCCGCACCGGGUCGGGUUCGAGUCAGCCAACCCGACCGGUAAGAUUCCGCUGGGGCUAAAACGGAAGGGUUUGAGAAUCGUCGUUACGGGUGGAGCCGGGUUCGUCGGGUCCCACCUCGUGGACCGUCUGAUAGCUAGAGGAGACAGCGUGAUCGUCGUCGAUAACUUCUUCACUGGAAGGAAAGAGAACGUCAUGCACCACUUCGGAAACCCAAACUUCGAGCUUAUCCGACACGACGUCGUGGAACCUUUGCUCUUGGAAGUUGACCAGAUCUACCAUCUCGCUUGCCCCGCUUCUCCAGUUCAUUACAAAUUCAACCCAGUCAAAACUAUCAAGACGAAUGUGUGGGGGACAUUGAACAUGUGCCUGGCUAAAAGAGUAGGUGCCAUUCUAUUGACCAGUACCAGCGAAGUGUACGGAGAUCCUCUGCAACAUCCUCAGAAGGAAACUUACUGGGGCAACGUUAAUCCCAUCGGUGUCCGCAGUUGCUACGAUGAGGGAAAGCGUACUGCUGAAACGUUGACCAUGGACUAUCACAGGGGCGCUGGCGUUGAGGUUAGGAUUGCCAGAAUUUUCAAUACUUACGGACCUCGUAUGUGCAUCGAUGAUGGCCGUGUCGUUAGCAAUUUCGUUGCUCAGGCUUUAAGGAAGGAGCCUUUGACUGUAUAUGGUGAUGGGAAACAGACUAGGAGUUUCCAAUAUGUUUCUGAUCUGGUGGAGGGUCUCAUGCGCUUGAUGGAAGGUGAACACGUUGGACCUUUUAAUCUUGGAAAUCCAGGUGAAUUCACCAUGCUUGAGCUUGCUGAGGUAGUCCAGGAAACAAUUGACCCGAAUGCAAAGAUAGAGUUUAGACCCAACACAGAAGAUGACCCACACAAGAGGAAGCCUGAUAUCUCAAGAGCCAAGGAGCUACUUGGUUGGCAACCCAAGGUGUCCCUUCGAAAGGGUCUCCCUCUAAUGGUCUCAGACUUCCGGCAACGUAUUUUUGGUGACCACAAGGAGGGCAGCAACACCAACAAUGCAUCAACAUCUUAAGGUGGCAUAUAUACUCACAGAAAGAGCAAUCAAAUAUAAUUGUUCAGUGGAAAAGAAGUCCCCCUCUUUUCCCCAUUGAAACAAUAUAGUUAGCGGCGGCAGCGGCCGCGGUGGCAGCAGCAGCAAAUGAAGCCUCUUUAGAAUAGAUUUGGAGAUUUUCCUUUUUGACUUGUGUUUGCCAUCUUUGUAAUUUCCAUGUCUCUAUCCCCUUUUAAAUCUUAAUUGACAGUGAGCUUUGCGAAUCUAAAAUAACAUUUUACCCUUUUUUCUUUUCUGUGCAGCUGCUCAUGUUCAGCAGCAAUAGUGAUUCAAUUCUACAUUUAUCA